CCCCCCAGUUCGCCCCCCUAAUGCAAUGGUUUCUCCCAAACUCAUCGCUCUAAUCUAACCAACCGACACUCUUGGUCUUCUUUCCUGACUCCUCCCUCUCCAACUCCCAUCCUCUUUGUGUUGAUGGUACCUGGAGAGUAUAGUCAUGGCCACCUUUAGCUCUUCAGGGCCUUCGUGCCGCGAUCUGGACAACACAAUGCGCGUGGAUGCGGGUUCAUGUCGCGGGGGAUUUGACUUUACGCUCUUGUUCGAGGAGACGAUCCUCACACUUCUGCCCAUUGCAUUGAUUUCGAUUGUGGUUCCAUUUCGGAUGUGGCAGCUUUCACAAGAACGGCGCAAAGUUUCGGAAUCAUGGUUGCUUCCGCUCAAACUUGCUGCAUGGUUGUUUUUUAUUGGACUUGGAAUUGCGCAGACUGCCCUAUGGGCUUUACCCGCCGCUGACAGAACAAAAGCUUCCAUUGCGACCAAUGCUGUGCUCACCGUUGGAGCUCUAAUGCUCGGCACUCUCUCUUAUGCGGAGCACACGCGGUCUGUCCGACCUUCAUUCCUUUUAAACAUAUACCUGCUCUGCAGCCUACUUUUCGAUAUCGCGCGGGCCAGAACACUAUGGUUCAGGGCUACGGAUGGAUUUAAUGAGGUCAUUUCAAUCGUCACUAUCGUCGCAGUGGGAGGCAAAUUGCUUCUUGUGAUUUUGGAAGCUGUUGAAAAGCGUCAUAUUCUGAAGAAUGAGUUUUCUGGGUACCCGCCAGAGGCUACCGCGGGCUUCUACAACCGAUGCUUCUUUUGGUGGUUGAACCCGCUAUUCAAGAACGGCUUCAGCAACGUUUUGUCGGUGGAAGACUUGUUCGUCUUGGACAAGGAAUUGAGCUCCGAGAGACUUCUAGCUAUGUUUGAGGAGAGGUGGAGCAAAGUGAAAUCGAAAUCUCCCAACACGUUACAGUUUGAAUCAUUCAAGGCCGCAAAAUCACCACUUUUGGCCGCUGUUCCAGCUCGCGCAUGUGUCGUUGCUUUCAACUUCUGCCAGCCCUUACUUCUGACUCGAUCGCUGUCUUUCUUCGAUGAGCCCGUGAACAAUGCCACGAAUAACAUCGGAUAUGGACUGAUCGGCGCUUAUAUUCUGGUCUACACUGGCUUAGCUGUCUCAAUGGGCCAAUACCAGCACAACACGUAUCGUGGUAUUACCAUGGUCCGCGGUAUCCUGGUUACAAUGCUCUACAAAAAAGCUAGCAGUCUCACUCUCAACGAAGCCGACCCCGCCAACUCGCUCACUUUGAUGAGCGCCGAUGUUGAACGGAUUACUCAGGGCUGGCAAACCAUGCACGAAAUCUGGGCCAACUCCGCCGAAAUCGGUCUGGCUAUUUAUCUCCUCGAGCGCCAGCUUGGGAUCUCCUGCGUUGUUCCAGUCUGUGUCGCUCUGGUUGCGUUGGUUGGAUCUCUCAUCGGGAUGUCUUUCGUGGUUUCUAGACAAGCCAAGUGGCUCGAAGCCAUUGAACGACGCAUUUCGUCUACUUCCGGAAUGCUAGGAUCCAUCAAGGGUGUUAAGAUGCUUGGCCUGCAAGAUUCGUUUAUGAAAUUUGUGCAUGGCCUGCGAAUCGACGAGCUUGAUAUCUCCAAGAAGUUCCGUACACUUCUAGUGUAUAACAUGGGCUUUGGGUGGUUGACUCGCAUCUUCGCGCCGAUCUUCACUUUUGGCGUAUAUGUUGCCAUCUCUGAUUCAACGUUGAAUGUCUCCCGAGUUUUCACCUCCCUGUCACUCUUUUCACUGCUGGCAGAUCCCCUGCUUACGCUCGUUAUGGCUUUGAUGUCUUUUGCCGGGUCGGUCGGAUCAUUCGCUCGCAUUCAGGAGUUCCUUGACAAGAAGGAUCACUCUGACCAGCGACGCAGUGCUCCUCGGAUUCCUUCUCUCGAGGAUCUUGGCAAGGCCAAGCUCCUCUCCAAGUCUGGUGAUCUGGAUGUUUGCUCGAGCAACUCCGGGUCUGUUGAGUCUUUGAAGCGCGGUUCAACCUCGUCUUUCUCCGCCAAUGCCGCUAUAAUCCAAAACGGUACAUUUGGAUGGGAUGCCGAAAAGGAGCCCGUCCUGAAGGAUAUCAACCUCACGGUUCCUCGUGGCAGCUUCACUAUGCUUAUUGGACCUUCUGGCUGUGGCAAAUCAACUCUGCUCAAGGCUCUUUUGGGUGAGAUUCGAUGUGAAGAGGGCAAGGUCGAAUUGACAUCACCAAGCGUGGCGUUCUGCGAUCAGACGCCAUGGCAUAUGAACGCGACCAUCAAGGACAGCAUCGUCUCCAUGUCGGAGUAUGACCCUAAAUGGUAUUCCUCCGUGAUUCAAGCAUGUGCGCUGGAAGAAGAUCUCUCACAAUUUCCUCGUGGAGACCGAAGUGUCAUUGGAAGCAAAGGUGUUGCUCUCAGUGGUGGUCAAAGCCAACGUAUUGCGCUUGCCCGCGCAGUCUAUGCCCGAAGAAAGAUUAUUAUUCUAGAUGACGCGCUGAGUGGCCUUGAUGCCACAACUGAGAGUCACAUUUUCCACAAUCUCUUCGGAAACAUGGGCCUCUUGAGAGAAAUCGGCACAUCUGUCAUCGUCGCUUCAUCAUCUGUUAAACGUCUGCCCUACUCUGAUCAUAUCGUUGUAUUGGAUAAGACCGGUUGCAUCGCUGAGCAAGGUAGCUUCAGCGCACUCAACAAGACUGGCGGAUACGUCUCCAGCUUUGAUCUGGGUGCACCGGACUGGGACUAUAAGCCGAAGAGGUACUCUGCGUCCCCGAGCUAUAGCACUGUCGACUCUGUGGAGAAGGAGAAAGAGACUAUCAUCCCUGAGCCUGAGAAACGCGAUAUGGGGGGUGAUCUUUCCAUCUAUACCUACUAUGUUGACGCAAUCGGGUGGCUUCCUGCCCUCGUCUUCAUGGUUUCCAUGGCCAUCUUUGUCUUCAGCAUCUCGUUCCCCAGUAUCUGGUUGAAGUGGUGGGCCAACUCCGACACUGCAGAGCCCAAGCAACAUGUCGGUUAUUACCUUGGUAUAUAUGUUAUGCUUGGCUGCGUCGCCAUGAUUGCCUUGAUCGUGAGCUGCUGGGAAAUGAUCAUUACCAUGGUCCCCAAGUCUGGUGAGAGUUUCCACCGCAAGUUGUUACAGACUGUCCUUAGUGCCCCAAUGCUCUUUUUUUCGACAACGGACAGUGGCAAUAUCCUCAACCGAUUCAGUCAGGACCUGCAACUCAUCGACAUGGAACUUCCCAUUGCUGCGAUCAACACCGUCGCCACUUUCUUCCUCUGCCUUGCCCAGAUGGCACUUAUCGGCGUUGGCUCUAAGUAUGCCGCAAUCUCAUUCCCCUUCGUCCUGGGACUUCUAUUCCUCAUUCAGAAGAUGUAUUUGCGCACUUCUCGGCAACUGCGUUACUUGGACCUUGAAGCUAAAGCUCCCUUGUACUCACAUUUCACCGAUUGUCUGCAGGGCCUCGUUACACUUCGGGCCUUUGGCUGGCAGCACGGCAUGGAGAUGAAAAACAUCGAGCUUUUGGAUUACUCGCAACGGCCAUUCUACUUUAUGUUUGCAAUUCAGCGCUGGUUGACACUAUCUCUGGAUCUUGUCGUCGCGGGUAUUGCCGUACUGCUAAUUGUUUUGGUCGUCGUCCUCCGUGGGACCAGUCUGGGUGCCGGAUCCGUUGGUGUCGCCCUUCUCAACGUCAUCCAGUUCAGUCAGAGCAUCAAGCUCCUGGUAACCUUCUGGACCAACUUGGAAACCCAUAUUGGCUCUAUCCUGCGUGUGAAAGACUUCACCCAGAAUGUGGAGUCUGAGGACCAACCUGGAGAGGAUGGUGAAAUCCCCCCCAACUGGCCAUCAAACGGCGCAGUGACAUUCCAUUCAGUAUCUGCGGCCUACAGACCUUCAGAGCCGGUUCUCAAUGAUGUGUCUCUAUCCGUUGCAGCAGGUGAAAAAGUUGGCAUUUGUGGACGUACAGGAAGCGGCAAAACUUCGAUGAUCAUGAGCAUUUUCCGGAUGAUUGAAUUGACUAGCGGUAUCAUUACCGUGGACGGUGUCGAUAUCACCAGUCUGCCUCGCCGCGAAAUUCGCUCACGCAUCAAUGGAGUCUCACAGGACUCGCUACUGUUCAAGGGCAGCGUUCGUCUCAAUGCCGACCCAACCGGCUCGCGCACCGACCAAGACAUUCACAACGCGCUCAAGAGCGUACAGCUUCUCCCUGUGAUCCUUGAGAAGGGCGACCUCGACACGGACAUGGAUGAGAUUCACUUGUCGCACGGCCAAAAACAGCUCUUCUGUCUCGCACGCGCACUCCUUCGCCAGGGCAACAUCCUCAUCCUCGACGAGGCAACCAGCAACAUCGACGCGAAAACGGAUGAUAUCAUGCAACGCGUUAUUCGCGAGAAAUUCUGCAACCACACCAUCAUCGCGGUCGCGCACAAGCUCGACACCAUCCUCGACUUUGACCGCGUCGUGGUGCUCGACGCCGGCCGGAUCGUCGAGACCGGGGAGCCUUACACGUUACUCGCAGACCCCAGGUCGCACUUCGGUCGACUAUAUGCGAGCUCCGUGACGACUGAGGACGCGCAAUAGGUAGAUCUAAUCAUUGCGAUCCUCCGGCUCCGCUGGAUUUUGAUUCUUCCCCCCAUUUCCUUUCUUGAUUGCACUACACAGACUCAGCAUCUGACCUCUAUCGACCAUGGUCAAGUUUGCUUUGGCGCGUUUGUCGAUUUUCACUCAUUCGCGGUACAUAUCGACGUCGGCAUGCUAAUUUAGUUUCCCUGGCGCUGCUGAUUAUAUGCUCUUUGUUCUUUGUCCUUGUGAUUUGAUCCUUUUCUCGACUCUCGUUCAUUCCAGUUGCAAGUCUGGUUACUUCUUACUCUCGUUGACUCCCUUUGGCAUUUUUAUUUUUGCUGUGCCUGUGACAGAUGAAAUUUGGUGGCUUGUCUAUAAUUCGGCCCACUGGUGCUCGUACGAUUUUACACUUAAUGAUAAUCGGGAAACGACUUGAAU